AUGAGCCGUGUCAUGUGUGACCCAGCCGGCACGCGGCGGUGGCUGGCAAAAUUCCUGUCCCAGGAUCAGAUUAACGAGUUCAAGGAGUGUUUUUCCCUGUACGAUAAGAAGCAGAAAGGCAAGAUAAGGGCGGGCGACCUGCUGGUGGUGAUGCGCAGCCUGGGCGCCAGCCCCACGCCCGGGGAGGUCCAGCGGCACCUGCACCUGCACAAGAUCGACAGAAACGCCGAACUGGAUUUUUCCACUUUUCUGAAUAUAAUGUACAGGCAAAUGAAGCAGGAGGAGCCCGAGAGGGAGAUCCUCACGGCCCUGUCCAUGAUAGACAGGCAGAGGAGCGGCUUCAUCACGGCGGCGGAGCUGAGGGCCAAGCUCACCAGGCUGGGGGAGAAGCUCUCCGAGGAGGAAGUGGAUGACCUGCUAAAGGAAGCCAAAGUUGGACCAAACGGCACAAUAAAAUAUGAAGAAUUUGUCCGCACCAUCAGCCUUCCAGCCCCCGACUACUGA